AUGGAUCUACAAAUUAUAAAAAAUAAUAAAUUACAAUAUGAAAGUACAGAAAAAAUAUUUAGAACAGCUUACUUCAUUGCCAAAAAUCAACGUCCAUUUCUAGAUAUGCCUAAAUUAAUAGACCUACAAGCUCUCAAUGGAGUUAAUAUGGGUCGAGUGUUACAAACCAAUAAAUCUUGUGCUAAUAUUGCUGACCAUAUUUCUAAUGAAACGAGGGUUAAAAUUUGCAACAAUAUUAUUGAAAACAAUAGAAAAUUAUGUAUUGUUGUUGAUGAGUCAACUCAAAAAACAAUGUUAGUUAUUUUUUUAAGAUGUGCUAAUGGUGAUUCUCAAGACAUUAAUAUAUUUUUUUUUGAUAUUAUUGAGUUAAAUUGUACUUCAGCUGAAUCAAUUAAAACUGCUAUAAUCAAUAAUAUGUUAAAACAUGGAAUCAAAUUAGAUUUUUUAAAACAAAAUCUAGUUGGAUUUGUUAGUGAUGGAGCUUCUAACAUGCUGGGAAGAAAAGCUGGAGUUGGUGUUUUACUACAAAAAAUUUUUCCUGACCUCAUUAUCUGGCAUUGUUGCAACCAUAGAUUGGAACUUGCGGUAAGUGAUACUAUUAAAGAAGUACAAGGUCUUAAUCACUUCCAAUGUUUUUUUGAAAAACUUUAUUCAUUGUAUCACCAAUCUCCCAAAAAUAUGACAGAACUUAAUGCAUGUGCUGCAUCUUUAGAAAGCAGUAUUUUAAAUAUAGGAAAGAUAUUUACAAUUCGGUGGUUGGCAUCCAGCAUUAGAACAGUACGUGCAGUUUGGAAUAACUAUGUUGCUCUCCAUAAACAUUUUCAAGAAUCUUCCAUUGAUAAUAAAAGAGAUGGAAAAGAAAGAUCUAAAUAUUUAGGUCUAAAUAAUAUGUUAACAUCAAAAGACUUUGUAUUCAAUUUAGGUAUGUUAUAUGAUGUAUUAAAUGAAUUAUCUGAUUUGUCAUUACAACUACAAAAAAGAGAUUUAGGUUUGACAAAAGCUCAUAAUAUGAUCGACCGAAAGAAUUUUGGAUAG